AUGGGGGACCAACCUUGUGCCUCCAGGAGAUCCACGCUCCCACCUGGAAACACGAGGGAAGCUAAACAGCCAAAAAAGCGCUGCCUUUUUGCUACGCGGUGGAAUUAUCCAGAAUGAACUCCAAACGGAGGUAGUACCUCUUCUCCCUCCACACCUCCUCCAGCAUCAGCCAGCCUGAAUUCGGACCCUUCUCCAGAGAAGUAG